AUGAAAUGGAAAUGGCAUACUACAAAGAAUAUAUGUACUUUGACAAAUGUGUUUUUAUCAAAACAUCCUUAUAAGCCUAAAACGAGGGAAAUUAUUCAUCCUCAUAUGACUCCCCCAGAACAUUUGGCACCAUCAGAUUGUUUUCAAGCGAAAACAGAUGAAUUGCAGCAGUAUAUUCCGAACAAUUAUUAUCGUGUUAAAUGGAUUGAGUCUUUAAGAAGUGGUGAAUAUUUAGGGGAGGAUUACCCAUGGAAUUUGCUUCCAAAUUGGAAAUAUUGGAGAAAACGAAAGUACAAUGUUAAAUAUGAAGAAAUUCCUUGGUUUAUUUCGAAGGUAAAGGGAGUUUCUUAUUAUAAAAGAUUAAAUGUGUGGAUGGUCCAAUGGGUGGAAAAUGGGGUACAUCGAAUCAGAAGGUUUAGGUGUGCAUUUGGUUUAUUACAAGCCAAGCUAGCUGCUGAACAAUUCAGGAAAAAAUUGGAAGAGGCAGGUAGAGUUGAUAACAGAAAAACGGAAAGGCAAAUUAGAAUGGAUUACAUACAAAAGAAGGAUGAGAGAUUAUUGAGAAAGAAAAAAUAUUCAAAGAUAUCCAAGGGGCAAUUUUGA